UGGAGCUCUAGAAUAGACAGAUUCAGGGCACCUCGUGGCUGCCAUAGUGAACCGCUUCAUUAUAAACCAAACAGGCUUCCCUUCAGCUCUGUGUAACUUGGAAACUCGCGAGGACAAACUAAACAUCUUCAACCGUUACUUAGUUGCUCGUCGACUUGAGAGGACAACCCCAAGGCAUGAUUUGAGCUCUUAUUAUCACAGCUUGGAUAGUCAGGAAAACUUUGUACGAGUUUUGUCGGAGAGCUAGUUUAAUUUAAGGGAUAUUUACGCUUUCAUUCAAACUCAAGAAGGGUCUCGGGCGCAACUUUCUGUGUUUGUUGGCACCUGCAAUCAUGACACGAAGAUCAUGCGCGAUCUACGCGGUUGGGAUCAUCUGUGCUAUCCUGCUGAUCUCUGGGAUUGGUUUAAUCUUGGGUCAAGUUUUCCGCAGGUUUAUACACAACCGCCUCAAAAAGGAGAUUGUUUUGGUGGAGGGCAGCCGUGUGUUUGAGUCAUGGAAAACCCCUCCCCCUCCUGUCUUCAUGGAGUAUUUCUUCUUCAAUGUGACCAAUUUGGAUGCUUUUCUCAAAGGGGCCAAGCCAGAGGUCGAGCAAGUUGGGCCCUACACGUACAGGGAGUACAGGUACAAGGACAAUGUCAGCAUGGUGGACGAUGAUAAGAUGGUGUCUGCAUACAACACCAAAAGCUUUGUGUUCCUGAGGGAGAAGUCUGUGGGUGACCCAGCUGUGGAUAACAUCACUACAGUCAACAUCCCUGCUUGGGCUGUCAUGAACAAGGUGAAAGGGAGUUUCUUUAAGGCCACUAUGGUGUCCAUCUGGAUGAACUCAUUGGGGAGCGGUCUCUUCACUACUCGCACUGUGGAUGAAUUGCUAUGGGGCUACGAAGACCCCCUCCUGGCCCGCAUCGCCUCCACCAGUCCUGAUGUGGAGAAAGAUUUUGGCCUCAUGUACAAGAAAAAUGGAAGCAAUGAUGGGGAAUUUAUCUUUCACACCGGGAGGCAGAACUACUUGGAUUAUGGCCGUGUUGAAACAUGGAAAGGCCAAAGCUCGUUGACCUUCUGGAACUCAAACCAAAGCAACAGCAUCAAUGGAUCAGAUGGAAGUGCUUUCCAUCCCCUGCUGGACAAGAAUGAGCGCCUUUAUGUCUUCACUCCAGAUCUCUGCAGGUCGAUCCACAUGGAGUUUGAGAAAGACGUGGAGGUGAAAGGAAUCCCAGCAUAUCGCUUCACGCCACCACGCUCUGUUUUUGCCAGCAAGGAGGAGAACCCAGCCAAUGAGGGUUUCUGCGUCACCCCACAGGAGUGCCUGGGAACCGGACUUCUGAAAGUCAGCCCCUGUCGGAAAGGUGCCCCAGUGGUCGCCUCCUUUCCUCAUUUUUACCUUGGAGAAGAUAGAUAUGCAGCUGCCAUUGGAGGAAUGUCCCCCAAAAGACAGCACCACCAAACCUUCCUGGACUUAAACCCAACGACUGGUGUGAUUUUGCGCGCAAACAAGAGAGCGCAGAUUAACAUCUUGAUCAACAGACUCCCUGGAUUUGCGAAAACUAGAAGCAUUAAUGAGACCAUCUUUCCCGUCAUGUUCCUCAAUGAGAGUGUGGUGAUUGAUGAUGUGUCUGCGGCGAGAGUGCAGAAGCUGCUGCUGAUUGUCACUCUAGUGUCCAACUUCCCGCUCAUUAUUGUGGGACUGGGAGCCAUUAUGCUCCUUGUCUUCAUUAUCCUUCUGUACAGGGCCCGCAAGCAGAAGAAUGAAGUUAAGCGCACUGUGUUUACCAAGCCUCUCUAUGCUACCUCCACUGAAGAGGACACUUCUUACUCUCCAGUCAACGACAAGGAAAAGGAAGAUCCUCAGAAUGGGACCUAUAUCGGUUUGACAGCUAAAAUGGACCCACAAGAUUAAGCAGGGGGUGAAUCGUUAGAAGGGGCUCAGAAUCAAAAAUAGGGAUUUGGGUUUUCAGGAGAGAGAUAGAAAAUUGUCAGUAUCUCCUCUAUGAUUGGAAAUCUCUGGGGUUGGGGGUUGGGGGGGUUGUAGAGAAGGGGAACAUGUUUUAAUCUCAUACACUGAAUGUGCUGUAUGUACCUAAUUUUAUCCUUGAAGAGCUACCUAAAGUCCAGGUAUAGCACACUGUCUAGCACGCCAGAAAAAGUGUAAAUCAAUUGAAAACAUUGUGUUUUUAGGGCUUAUUCUUGCUGUUGGGUUAAAUCAGUUGCUGAAAGCUGCAAAAGUACACUUUGUGGCGAUCCAAAACAAACAAGACACACCCUUUCAACUCAGGUGUGGGAUAAAUUUGAUUUUAACGCUGUGGCCUCACCUCAUUCUCUUUUUGCCUAGAUUGUGCCUUCAGACCUUUAGACUGUGUAACAGGGCAGAGGGGAUGAUUUGGGACCAGGGUAAUUAAAUCCAUAAACUGUGAGGUUUUUUUUAGAUAUGAUGUGUUACUCUCAGGGGGGCCUUUUGAAGCAGGAAAGAGGCACAAAACACACGGCAAGCCUUCCCUCUUUGUAAAGACAUUAAAAUCAGUUCAGUAUUACUAUGUUUAAUUUAAUCCUCCACUAAAUGUUACACAACAUUGUCACGCCUCAUUGUUUUCUAUCCGUGCACUGCAUGUAGAGGGACAUCUGUGCACAUCAUUACCACUGCCUCUGAGAAACCUUCUGAGCAUAUUUUUGUGUAGAUACAGUGUAAGAUGUGUUGAACUGCUUACAUUCCUCUCAGUGUAUGAUGGGAAUGAAUAUCAGACAAAACGCUGUAUAUUUU